UCGUUUUCAUAAAAGCCAUAGGUAGAAAAUUCUACUUCCUGUUUCCACACGGACCCGGAAGUUGUCCUGAUUCCGCGGGUCUUUUGGGACAACACAGCUCCUCACAACACGGUGCAGAAAUGGCGGGAGUAAACACCAUGGAGAAGAAACUGGCUGAAUACAAGUGCGACACCAAUGAAGCUUUAUGCUUGAAGCUGGUUCGCUUCCCUGAAGAUGUUGAAGAUGACAGCACCACAUUUCAUCCUGAGUUCAGCCACCAACUUUUUGGAGACGAUGAGGUCGCUUUUGGAUACAAAGGUCUUCAGAUACAGCUCUUCUACACUGCAGGAAACCUGAGCACCAUCUUCAAAGUGAAAUAUUCCUCAAAAGUCACUGAGAUGUUUGAUUGUGUGGAGUCUGACGAUGUCGAAGGGAAGAUCCGGGAAAUCGUUCCUGCUGGGUUCACCUGCAACAGCGACGACUUCAUCUCGCUGCUGGAGAAGGAGGCCAAUUUCAAGCCCUUCGGCUCCCUGCUUCACACAUACACAGUCCACAGCGAGGAGGCUGGAGAACUCACUUACCAGAUUCACAAGGCUGAUAUCACCUGCCCGGGAUUCCAAGAGUAUCAUGAGCGCCUACAGACCUUCCUCAUGUGGUUCAUUGAGACUGCCAGCUUCAUCGAUGCAGACGACGAUCGCUGGGACUUCUUUCUUGUAUUUGAAAAGUACAAUAAAGAUGGGGAGACUCUCUACGCAACUGUUGGCUACAUGACAGUUUAUAAUUACUACGUGUACCCAGACAAAACCCGACCACGUGUAAGCCAAAUGUUGAUCCUGCCUCCGUUCCAAGGAGAGGGUCAUGGAGCUCAGCUUCUGGAGACUGUUCACAGGUUUUACUGCAGCCUGCCCAAAGUGCAAGACAUCACCGCUGAAGACCCCUCUGAAAGCUACGUGAAGCUGAGAGACUACGUGCUGGUUAAGCUUUGUCAAGGCCUGCCCUCUUUUGCUGUAGACAAGCUGCAACCCGGCUUCUCCCCUGACAUGGUCAAAGAGGCGCAAGACAAGUUAAAAAUAAACAAGAAACAUGCAAGGCGAGUGUAUGAAAUCCUGCGUCUGAGAGCGACAGACAUGAGUGAUGAAGAAAAAGCGAGAGAGUACCGUCUGGAUGUGAAGAAGAGGCUAUUUGGACCAUACAGGAAGAAUCAGAGGGAGCUGGCGAAGAUGAAGAAGUGUCUGCGGCCGGAGGAGCUGGUGUCCCACAUGGGUCAAAUGGACAUUGAGACACAGCAUGAGGAGCUGGAGAAGAGCUACCAGGUAGUUGUGGAAGACUACAGGAGAAUCAUCGAGAGGAUUGCGUCACAGGCCUGAUCAGACUCUGAGCCCACCCUUUCAAUGAUACAGGUGGUCUUUCCUGUUUGUACAAAGUUCACACCACUGCAGACUUUAGCUGCAAACCAAGAAGAAACUCUCCUGAUGUAACAAAAUCACAGUUUUAAUAGAAGAGUGUGACAGAUUUGUUGUGGCUGAGGCAGGUGUGUCAGUGAUAGGUUUCUGCACAUGAAACCUGUCUGUUUCCCAGCUGAUGUUCAUACAGUAGAGAGGAGGAUGUUGCAGCUGAAGAGUGAGACUUCCUGUUUGUCCCACGUGUUAACCACAUUGUGUGAGAUUGACUGAUGUGUAAGAUUUCACAGGUGAUAGAAGCCCUGCAGAGAAAACCUGCCUCUUCUCCAUCGUAGACAUUUUUUAAAGAUCUUUUGUCUAAAUGAUUCCCGGUGUGUGUCUUUUGAAGCACUUCAUACAAUAAAAAAUGGUUUUGUAUAUUG